UUGUCAGUUGCAAUCACUCGAUACUGACAACCGGGCGAAUCUGAACCCGCUCUGAUCACGUUCAAACCGUUAGUUUUUUCUUAAUUUUAAUUGUUAUCUUCAGUUCACCUGCUCAAUUAUGGCAAAAAUGUGUCUUCAAGGAAGUGGUGUCAUGUGUGUUUAGUUGGUCAACGUCAUAUUAGUUCCUUUUUUCUCGUUGAGUGAUUCAUUUUGGACUCCUGGAUUGAAUAAACAUCGAUAUGCUCGACUACACGCUUUUACCACGUGUAAAUUGCAGUGAAAUAAUGUAGGACCCGAUGCCGAAGUUUUAGACGGAAAAGUGUCUUAUCAAUCUAGUUGAUAUCCAUUUACCAGCUAACGUUUCACCUGCGUUCUGCAUCCUAAAUUCGCAAUAAAUGAACUAAGGAGAGGAAUAUGACGCAAACAUGAUUCUUGGCAAAUAUGGAAUUCUAUUAGAAUACCCCAAAGAAUCAAAUUGGAAAUGUAUCUCUUGCCAUGCUCGAUGAUGAUUUCAAUUUUUUAAGACAUCAUUUUAUCUAGAGCCUGAACGUUAGAGGUCAAAAAAGAUCUGAGAAAUACCCUAGGUCAUUGAAUUGAAAUAUCCGAAAGAUGUCAAACGAUAUUACAAAAUGUUACCAGCCGGUUUUGAACAACUUAAUUUCGCCGGAACGAACGGUUUUGGUGUUGUACACAGGUGGAACUAUUGGAAUGCUGCGUAAUGAAGACGGUGCUUUAGCUCCCGUACGCGGUGCUCUUACAAAGAAGAUUAGACUUCAACCUCAAUUGCACGAUGCUGAAUUUGCUAAGAAGAAAUUGGGAAAAUAUGCCGAGAAAGGACCUUGUGUUCUACCACAAGCUACGAGAGCUUCGAUGGGUUCGUUAUUCUACACGGCACGGACACACUAUCAUACACUGCAUCUGCCUUAUCAUUCAUGCUGGAAAACCUCGGCAAACCUGUCAUUGUAACUGGAUCUCAGAUGCCCAUUUUUGAGCUGCGGAGUGACGGAAGCGACAAUUUUGCCUCGGCAGUCCUUUUAGCUGGCAAUUACGAUAUUCCUGAAGUUACCGUGUUCUUCCAUAAUCGGCUUUAUCGCGGUAACCGAACCUUGAAAACCAGCACGGGUAGCUUCGAUGCGUUCCAUUCACCGAAUUUCCCACCUAUCGCUGAGGUUGGAAUCAGCUUGGAAGUUGACUAUCGCUCGAUUUACAGAUCUUGCACAAUGGACAAACUCCACGUCCAUAGUGUCUUGAAUGAAAACGUCGGAAUUCUGAGAAUAUUUCCAAAUAUUACAACAAAAACUGUUAAUUCCUUCAUGCAACCACCUAUGGAGGGUGUAGUAUUACAAACUUUCGGUUCGGGUAACUUUCCAACCAACAGGAAGGAUUUGCUUCAGUGCAUUCAAGAUGCCACGAACAGGGGUAUCAUCAUCGUCAAUUGUAGCCAGUGUUUGACUGGAAGAGUCACUGAUCUUUAUGAAACAGGAAAGUCACUUUAUGAUGCGGGGAUUAUUUCUGGCCUUGAUAUGACACCGGAAGCAGCUUUGACCAAAUUGGCGUACGUAUUAUCGCAUCCAGAGUGGGAUUUACCGACACGCCGAUUAAUGAUGAGUCGGAAUUUAAGAGGAGAGCUGAGGGGGUCGCCGCCCCCAAAUGAGCAUCCGAUGGACGUAGUUGCAAGCGUGGCAUCCUCCUUCGGAAUCAAAACAUCCAGAGACCUCGCACAACUCGUCCUCCUUAGUAUCGUCAAACAAGGAGACAUCAGCCGACUCAAAGAGCUCAAAGAUUUCGGCGCUGACCUCUCGUCAACGAACGUUGAUAACAGGACUCCACUCCAUAUCGCUGCGGCUGAAGGAAAUUUGAAUCUUGUAAUCUAUUUAUUGGAAAACGGAUCGAAUGUCCACAUCAAAGACAGGCACGACCGGACGCCUUUACUCGAGGCUAUUGAGAAUGAUUAUCACGAAAUCAUCAAAGUGCUGUGCAAAAGCGGAGCUCAUUUGAAGAAGCCGUACUUUAAUAUUUCUGAAAAACUGUGCAGUGCUGCAUCUUUCAAUGAUUCUAAAAGACUCGAGUCGUACAGACUGGCUGGUGCUGACCUGAAUCAGAAAAAUAUUAGCGGGCGUACUGUAGCACAUGUGGCUGCUCUGCAUGGCAACGAGGAGAUAAUAAAUUAUCUACUACGGCAAAAGGUCGAUUUCAGCGAGAAGGAUCUUUUGGGUUUCACGCCUCUCGAUAUUGCACAGAAAAUGGCACACACGCAUAUUGUUGAGUUACUGACAAAGACAAAGAUGGCAAAUGGCCGAUAAAGUAUUCUUGCAAAGUGAGUAAUGGACCUGCAUGAUGAACAUAGCCCCAUUAUUGCAAAAGACUCAUCGCAAACUUCUUAACUCAACAAUGUAGUUGAUGUUACCGACACCAAUUUUCUGUAAUUUCACUCUCAAGGAGCACUGAAGACCAAUUUUAAUUGUUUUAAAUCAUAAAAAAAUCUAGGAAAAAAAAUACAAAAUGAAAUCACCAGA